UGCGAUUGCGCACGUAUCUCCCUUUUGAACAUUGUUGGAAUUGAUCAACAUCUAUUGCUUCAAUCGAUCUCUUAACAAAUGCCAAAUUGGGCAAAUAACAUUUACCAUAGUGUGAGAAAUUGAUAUUACCGGGAUUGUUUAUUGCACAUUGGCUCGAGAUUUGUAGACUAUUUACUUAAUCACAGAGAAUACUGGCUGAACAAGAUGGCCAGCUGCAAUUUUCAGGCGCAGUUGGUCUCCUUAAUGGAGGUUUUAGCUAAAGCAGCUGUAGCAGAAAUAAACCAACGUGUAGAUGAUAGCUGUGCUGUUAUACGUUUGGAAAUGACCCAAAGCCAGCGAGAUAUUGAUUUACUGAAAAGGAAGUGUCAAGUGAUGGAGAGCGAGCUGAAGAAAACACAACGAGUCAGGAGAAAAGGUAGUUGAUGACGUCUUAUUCAUGGUUUUUACCCCAUGGCAUCAGAGAGAUCUUCAUAUCCAGUCAAGAUUGUUUUGAACAGGCAGAGGAGUAGCUCACAGUGCAGAGAUGAAGAGCUGGCUGUUGAAGAAGACUCUCAACCCCAGCCUACAGAUGUGGAGCAGAGAGUGGAGACUGAACCCAUACUGAUCAAAGAUGAGGAGACAGCAGAGGACGUGUGGAAGACUGACCCUCAGGAAGAGCUCAGGAUCACUGGAGAGGAGUCUGGUUCCAAGCCUGGGAAACCACCAUCUUUUGAGCAACGGCACUGUGAUGAGGACUUCAUCACACAACCCAAUAUAUCUCCCAGAGACUCCGUGGAACAUUACCCAAAUUCUGAUCGUCCAGAGGAACCAGGAACACCCCGGCUCGCAUCUACAGAGGUGUUCAGUACAGAGCAGCACCGGCCAGACGAGGACGACGACUCAUUAGACCUAGUGAUGGUGAAGGAUGAGAAAGAGGAGGAGUUAGAUCAGACCACGGUCCUGACAGGAUCUGACCAGUUUGUAAUGGAUGAGUCUGAUGGGCAGCUGUGGACCUCUGUGGGUCCAGGCAGAGACACUGACCCUGAUGGCCACCCAGAUUUCUCCUUUCAUUCCACAGAAGAGUACUCUCAGAAUAUCUCAAUGGUCCCAUCUCAUAGUGGGCUGUCAUCUGUUCCUACUAUGACAGAUGAAGUAGGGCCAUCGCUUCACUCUUCUAUAUGGAAACCACAUGCUAACAUGUUCAGUGCAGCAAAACACAUGACAAGACAUGUCAGGACAUUGGCUGAUGAGACUAGACAACAGAUACCAGAGGGACAGAGCAGUGAAAGGCUGAACUCAAAUAAUGAAGGAAAUAGUUUAGCUCUACAGCCAAGGCAGCAUCAGUACAGGGCUUCAGAAGCAACAGUGAGAUUGAGUGAGUGCAUGACAGGGUCAAACAUGGCCACCACCUCCACCUUCUCUGGAUACAGCCUGAGUCACAGUAGUUUUAACAUGGUGAAGAGAAUGAGGACUCAGUGGAGGUCGGGCGGCACCACCGAGAGGCGUUUCAGCUGCACCUUCUGUGGGAAGAGCUUCCAGCGUUUCAGCGAGCUCAAAGUACACCUCCGGAGUCACACCGGAGAGAAACCGUACACCUGUGAACAGUGUGGCAGGAGUUUUACCCAGCAGUGCAACUUGAUCAGACAUGCUCUGGUCCACACCGGGGAGAAGCCCUACAAGUGCACACAGUGUGGGAAAUGCUUCACCCAGCGCUCCAAAAUGAAGUCACAUCAAAGAACUCACAUAGGGGAGGGUCCAGUCUCUCAAUACGCGGCACCCACAUACCCUGCGGAUCCACAAACAAGUUUAAUGUUGUCUCAGAACAGAUGGAACAAAUAGUUCAUAAUCAUAUCAUUUUUCUUUAACACUUUCUAUGUGAAAAUGUGGUACAGAAAGUAUUUUGAGACAUGUUGAUAAGCUUUUUCUUCCAAUUGAUUUGUGAAAUGAUUUUCAUGUUUGACUCUUGUCUUCUCCUCAUUUUCAUUUUAACAACUUAUGUACAACUGGUAACAAUGUGUAUUUCUACCACAAAAUCAUAAAACCAUAUUAUAUUCAAUCAAACUGAUUUAAUGAACGAGUCAAUCUGCGCUUUUAGAUCAAUAAUACAGUGCCUUUGGAAAGUAUUCAGACCCCUUGACCUUUUCCACAUUUUGUUAGGUUACAGCCUUUUUCUAAAAUUGAUUAAAUUUUUUAAAAAUCUCAGCAAUCUACACAAAAUACCCCAUAAUGACAAAGUGAAAACAGAUUUUUAGAUUUUGCGAAGUAAAAUAAAAACUAAAAACAGAUACCUUAUUUUUAUAAGUAUUCAGACCUUUUUCUAUGUUACUCGAAAUUGAGCUCAAGUACAUCCUGUUUCCAUUGACUAUCCUUGAGAUGUUUCUACCACUUCAUUGGAUUUCACCUGUGGUAAAUUCAAUUGAUUGGACAUCAAAUCAAAUCAAAUCAAAUUUUAUUUGUCACAUACACAUGGUUAGCAGAUGUUAAAUGCGAGUGUAGCGAAAUGCUUGUGCUUCUAGUUCCGACAAUGCAGUGAUAACCAACAAGUAAUCUAACUAACAAUUCCAAAACUACUGUCUUAUACACAGUGUAAGGGGAUAAGGAACAUGUACAUAAGGAUAUAUGAAUUGGAAAGGCACACACCUGUCUAUAUGUCCACAGUGGACAGUGCAUGCCAGUGCAAUAACCAAGCCACAAGGUUGAAGGAAUUGUCCGUAGAGCUCCGAGACAGGAUUGUGUCGAGGCAUAGAUCUGGGGAAGGGUAUAAAACAUUUCUAAUGCAUUGAAGGUCCCCAAGAACACACUGGCCUCCAUCAUUCUUAAAUGGAAGACGUUUGGAACCUCCAAGACUCUUCCUAGAGCUUGCCGCCCGGCCAAAGGGAGGUGACCAAGAACCCGAUAGUCACUCAGAGUUCUAGAGUUCCUCUGUGGAGAUGGGAGAACCUUCCAGAAGGACAACCAUCUCUGCAGCACUCCACCAAUCAGGCCUUUAUGGUAGAGUGGCCAGACGGAAGCCACUCCUCAGUUAAACCCCUUUCUCUGGAGAGACCUGAAAAUAGCUGUGAUGCAACACUCCCCAUCCAACCUGACCGAGCUUGAAUGGAUCUGCAGAGAAGAAUGGGAGAAACCCCCCAAAUACAGUUGUGCCAAGCUUGUCGCGGCAUACCCAAGACGACUCGAGGCUGUAAUCACUGCCAAAGGUGCUUCAACAAAGUACUGAGUAAAGGAUCUGAGACCUUAUGUAAAUGUCAUAUUUCAGUUUUUUAUAUUUUAUAAAUUAGCUACAAAAGUGUUUUUGCUUUGUCAUUUUGGGGUAUUGUGUGUAGAUUGAUGAGGGGAAAAAACGAUUUAAUACAUUUUAGAACAAGGCUGUAACGUAACAAAAUGUGGAAAAAGUCAAGUGGUCUGAAUACUUUCCAAAGGCACUCUAUAUAGGAGCCAUUUAGUAUGUGUUGUCUAGUUAGUAUUUGACUAUCUGGGAUGUCACUUCUUGCCACAGGGGACAGUCAUAUCAGGUCAAGUUAAUAACUAAAUUAAUUAGGAUUUUCUGAGUUAUAUUUUGAAGUUACUAUGCUGCCUUAAAAUGCCUUAUGUAGUCUCAAAACUAGGCAAUAAAAUAUUUAUUUCAGUCAAAUAGGCUAUACAUGUUCAAACAACUUUACAUUUUACAUCUGGAAACUACACUUUUACUGUGAACAUUGUCUAAACUGACACCACUGAUCAUCUUAAUCGAGGCUCAUUACAUAUUGUAGAUGGCUAAAUAGAUUAGAGAAAUAGAUUGAUAUGAUUGGUAGUUUGUAUGAUUUACUAGUUCAUUGAUUUGUCAAUCAGCAGAGGCGGAGAUAAUUAGGUAGAUAUAUAGAAAGAGAACGCAAGAGGGAAAGAGAGAGUAGGAAGUCAACAGGGGAAGUUUAGGUGUUUCUUGCAUUAUCACUUGCUGCUGCUUGGUUGUGCUGGUACAGAGUGAAGGUAGGAACAGUCUUAACUCUCUUUCUUAUUCUUUGAUUUUACCUCAGUCACCCCGGAACUCGUGAGGAGUAACAAUGACAGUGUGUUAGGGGUGGGAUGGUCGGGGUCAGGGGUAUAAAGCGGUGGGGUCAGGCUUAGAGGCUUCAUGUUCUACAACAGGCCUGUAGUCAAAAUAACAUAAAAUUCAAUUGACUUCCACUGUAGUGAGAGGGCCAAAAUGUCAGCGGGAGGAGAGGGCCUCUAUCAGUCACAGAGAACAGCCAGAGCCGUGGUUAGGGGUGUCGGGGUGUCCAUCAGCAUACUCAUACACAUUUUGAUGCAUAUUGUGAAUGGAGUUUUAUAGUUACGAGGUGACAUCUCGCUCCUUGCAUACCUUCAAAAAUUAUUCGGCAAUCAUCAUUUUUUCAAAAGUGUUUUGACCAUAAUCUUAAACAAUAAAUGACGUUUGACUAAAUAAAAAUCCACCGCUGUCGAACCGUUUAAAAUGUCUUUAGAAAUGUCUCAUGUUUCCAUUACACGUCACAAUGUUGCGACAUUGUUUUUGUCGAAUAAACCUGGGUCAAUGGAA